AUGAGGUUAUUGCAGACCUCAAGUCUGCGGUUGGAAAGCUUCGCGAACCGGCACAAAGCCCCACCCUAUGCGAUCCUCUCUCACAUGUGGUUCGACGACGAAGUACUGUUCGAAGACAUUGAGAACCGAUCCCGCGAGGCUUUGAUCAAGAAGCAAGGCUUUCUAAAGAUUGAACUAAGCGCACGGCAGGCUCUCCAGGAUGGCUAUGCGUAUAUAUGGAUCGACACCUGCUGCAUCGACAAGAGCAGCAGCACCGAGCUUUCCGAGGCCAUCAAUUCCAUGUCUGAUUGGUAUCGGUCAGCCGGCAUUUGCUAUGCGUAUUUGGCCGACACGACCGAUUUGAGUCAACUCGGGAGUUCGCGAUGGUACUCUCGCGGUUGGACGCUACAGGAGCUCAUUAUGCCUCGCCAGGUCAAGUUCUUUGGCGCGGCUUGGGAACCUCUGGGCUCCCGCACCGCCAUGGCCGCUGCUAUAGCGGACGUCACGGGGAUCGACCGGACCAUCCUCUCACUUGAAGAUCGCUCUUCUUCGGGCGAAUUCGCACACCUACUACAAUCCUUCAACGUGGCGACGCGCAUGGCAUGGGCUACGAGUCGAGUAACGACGCGGCCGGAGGACGCUGCUUACUGCCUGAUGGGCAUUUUUGAUGUUAGCAUGCCCCUGCUAUACGGGGAGGGGGAACGAGCGUUCCAGCGCUUGCAAAUGGAAGUUGUCAAGCAACUCAACGAUACCUCCAUAUUAGCCUUCACGAGCGGUUCGCGGGCGCCCAUGCUUUUCGCCAGCAGUACUGCUGAUUUCAAAUACGUGUUGCCCUCCGUGUGGCUGCGCUGCGAGGAACAACCAAGACUACGGCUAGAGGGAUCGCAGCUAGAAUUGGAUAUAUGGCUCUGCCCCUCGACAAAUCAGGAAUUAUACUACGGAAUUUUCGACUGUUCAUUUGGGGCGGACUACCUUUCUCGACCAGCGAUGCUGCUUCGUCGUGUAAAGCAGGGUGGAGAGUUGGAGUUUCUGCGAGUUCGCCAGGACGUCCUCUUUCGAAUCUCGCCCGGAAAGAUUCAGACCACGGAGUCAGGCGAUAUCGAUCGGCUUUCUGGACCAGUCGGUCUCUGUCUGGAUAAAGUGAGGCGGGUGAGAAUCACGAUCAAAAGCCAAUCCCCAAAUUUGUACGAAUACACGCCUCCCGCCGUCCAGUGGCGCCUAGAAACACAGCACGGUAUUGGUCCAUAUGUUCUAGAGCGUAGCGAGCCCCCGAGCGCGGGGUGCAUGCUGCUUCAUCGUUCUUCAUUCAAGUUAUAUGCCGGCAAGCCCGCCGCUCACGGCAUGGCUUCAUUCACCAGAGAAGGCGCUUCGAAACAAGCUAGCCGGUUCCUAUUGGUGUGGGGUGAGCGGCGGUAUGGAACCUGGCCACCGGUCCCCUGGUGUAGGAUCAUAGUACUGCAACAAAUUGAGGCCGACCUAGACUAUUUCCCGUCCGAUAUUCGAGACCGGUGGCCGAGUCUCGACGCAGAGUUGUGCGUAGAUGCCCUUUUCGAGCCUUUCGAGCCAAGCCGGGUGGCAUUCACGCGCAUAAUGUCGCGCAGCGAUCUGCUUUCCGUCGAUAGGUUCGAGAUGUCAACAGGUGAGAACUCACCUUGCAUCAUCACGUCACAUAUAUCGGCGGUGACGUUCCUAGAAAGGACGAUGUUCAAACUCGACCUUCAUAUAGGUAAGGGUUGA